AUGGAGGAAGUAAAUCGAGGAAGUGAAGGUGGGAGUAAUAUAAGUAAGCAAGGAAGGAAAAAAGGAAGGAAGGAGGGAAGGAAGGAAAGAAGCAAUGAAGGAGGGAAGGAAGCAAGGAAAUCGAGGGAGCAAGGAAGGAACGAUGCGAGUAAAGAAAUAAGCAGGGAAGCUAGCAAGAAGGAAGGAAUAAGGCGAGAAUGCAAGGAAGCAAGGAGGGAAGAAAGCAAGGAAGAAAUGAAGCGAGAAAAGAAGGACACGAGGAAAGAACGAAAGAAACGAGGAAGCAAGGAAGGAGGAAAGGAGGAAGUGAGGAAGGAAGGAAGCAAGGAAGGAAGGAGGGAAGUGAGGAAGGAAGGAAGCGAUGAAGCAAGGAAAGAAGGAAGCGAGGAAGCAAAGAAGGAGAAAAGAAGGGAGCGAGGAAGGAAAAAGCAAGGAAGGAAAGAGGGAAACGAGAAAAGAAGGAAGCGAGGAAGCAAGGAAGGAAUGAAGCGAGGAAGGAAGGAAGCGAGGAAGCAAGGUAGAAAGGAAGUGAGGAAGGAAAGAUUGCGAGGAAGGAAGGACGCGAGGAAGCAAAGAAGGAAGGAAGGAAGCAAGGAAACGAGAAAGCGAGGAGGGAAGAAAGCGAGUAGGCAAGGAAGGAAGGAAGGAACUGAGGAAGAAAGAAAGGACGGAAGCGAAGGAACAAGGAAGGAACGAUGCGAGGAAGCAAGGAAGGAAGGAACUGAGGAAGCAAGGAAGGAAGCAAGGAAGGGAACGAGGAAGAAAGGAAGCCAGGAAGCAAAGAAGGAAGGAAACGAUGAAUCAAGGAACGAAGGAAGCAAGCAAAGACGCAAGAAAGGAAGGAAGGAAAAAAAGCAAGGAAGGAAGAAACGAGGAAGCAAGGAAGGAGUAAAGAAGGAAGGGAGGAAGCAAGGAAGGGAGGAUGCAAGUGAGGAAGGAAGGAAUCGAGGAAGCAAGGAAAGAAGAAAGCGGGGAAGCAAGGAAGGAAGGAAGCGAGGAAGGAAGGAAAGGAGGAAGCGAGGAAGAAAGCAAGGAAGGAAGCGAGGAAGCAUGGAAGGAAGGAAUGAAGCAAGGAAGGAAGGAGGAAAGGAAGUGAGGAAGAAAUUUAUGAAGAAAGCGAGGAAACAAAGAAGGAGGAAAAAAGGAGCGAGGAAGGAAAAAAGCAAGGAAGGAAGGAAGGAAGCGAGGAAGGAAGGAAGCGAGGAAGCAAGGAGGGAAGGAAGCGAGGAAGCAAGGAAGGAAAGAAGCAAGGAAGGAAGGAAGCGAGGAAGGAGAGAAGCCAGGAAGCAAGGAAGGAAGGAAGCCAGGAAGGAAGGAAGCGAGGAAGCAAGGAGGGAAAGAAGCAAUGAAGGGAGGAAGCAAGGAAGAAGGAAGGAAGCGAAGAAGCAAGGAAAGGAGGAAGCGAGGAAGGAAGUAAGCGAGGAAGAAAGGAAGGAAGGAAGGAACGAAGCGAGGAAGGAAGGAUGCAAGGAAGCGAAGAAGGAAGGAAGUGAGGAAGCAAGGAAGGGAGUAAGCAAGGAAGGGAGGAUGCAAGAAAGGAAGGAAGGAAGCAAGGAUGGAAGGAAGGAAGCGAGGAAGGAAGGAUGCAAGAAUGCGAGGAAACAAGGAAGCGAGGAAGGAAGCGAGGAAGCAAGGGAGGAGGGAAGCAAGGAAGGAAGCAAGAAAGAAAGGAGGGAAGUGAGGAAGGAAGGAAGCUAG